GUUGACCCAUUGCGUAUGAAGUUUCCGGCCGGCUCCUCUUUCUGUCCUCCUCCGUUUAGCAAGCCGAGAGUCCACCUCUUAACGCCACCAUGGCUAACGUCGCGGACACCAGACUGUACGACAUCUUAGGGGUUUCCCCGUCCGCCUCUGAAAACGAACUGAAGAAGGCAUACCGUAAGCUAGCAAAGGAGUACCACCCUGAUAAAAAUCCAAACGCUGGAGACAAGUUUAAGGAAAUAAGCUUUGCCUAUGAAGUGCUCACCAACCCAGAGAAAAAGGAGCUGUAUGACCGGUAUGGAGAGCAGGGCCUUCGGGAAGGUGGUGGAGGCGGUGGAGGGAUGGAUGACAUUUUCUCACAUAUCUUUGGAGGCGGACUGUUUGGGUUCAUGGGAGGACAGGCUAGAAGCCGAAACGGUGGAAGACGUCGGGGGGAAGACAUGGUCCAUCCACUCAAGGUUUCUCUUGAAGAUUUGUAUAAUGGAAAAACAACCAAACUGCAACUAAGCAAGAAUGUUCUGUGUAACACUUGUAACGGCCAGGGGGGUAAGACCGGAGCUGUUCAGAAAUGUGUGGCGUGCAGGGGACGGGGUAUGCGCAUUAUCAUCCGACAGCUGGGUCCUGGUAUGGUCCAGCAGAUGCAGUCUGUCUGUACUGAUUGUAAUGGUGAAGGUGAAGUUAUAAAUGAAAAAGACCGUUGUAAAAAGUGUGAGGGGAAGAAAGUGGUGAAAGAAGUAAAAAUCCUGGAGGUUCAUGUUGACAAAGGCAUGAGGCAUGGUCAAAAAAUAACCUUUGGAGGGGAGGCCGACCAGGCACCUGGAGUUGAACCUGGAGAUAUUGUCCUUGUCCUGCAGGAGAAGGAGCACGAGACAUUCAAAAGAGAUGCCAAUGACUUGCACAUGACUCACAAAAUCGGCCUUGUUGAAGCACUUUGUGGAUUCCAGUUCACACUGAAACAUUUAGAUGGCAGACAGAUUGUUGUGAAGUAUCCUGCUGGUAAAGUAAUUGAGCCAGGUUCUGUCAGAGUAGUGUGGGGUGAAGGUAUGCCGCAGUAUCGUAAUCCAUUUGAAAAGGGGGAUCUGUAUAUUAAAUUUGAAGUGGAAUUCCCAGAUAACAACUGGAUCAGCCCAGAGAAGCUUUCUGAACUGGAAGACUUGCUGCCUGCCCGGGCUGAGGUGCCCAUUGUUUCUGGAGACGCAGAGGAGGUCGACCUCCUGGACUUUGACAUGAGUCAAGGCACUUCUGGCGGACAUAGGCGGGAGGCGUAUAACGACAGCUCAGAUGAGGAGAGUGGUCACCAUGGACCUGGAGUCCAGUGUGCCCACCAGUAGUAAAAUCACAAUGCACAGGAAAUGGAUUUCCAGAUCUUUGUGGCUUGAAUUUAACAUAUUUUACUUCUGCAACUCCUUGUACCUUUCCAUCAAAUAUCUGGUGCUGCCCCCAGUACUCUUGCAUUCUGUCUUCUAUAGGCAGUCCAGAACCAAUUAAAAAAAGUUAGAUUAAAUCUUUUUUUUUUUUUUUUGGUAUGGAAUUAAUUUAAAAGUUUGGCACAUUUGAAUGAUUCGUAGAGGAAAAACCUCACUGUCUAUCAGUAUAAUUUACUUAUUGUUUUUCUUUUUGUUUUAAACCACUAAUUUCCCCUGUAGACUUUUAAAAUUCCCUUUGCAUUUUAAAAUGGGGUUGGGGAUAAACGUGUAUAAAGUGGAAGCAGUUGUCAAUCUUCAUCACUUGGCCUCAAAGCUGGUAUAAUGUUUCAAACCUGUAACACAGGAACACAUUUGUAACAUUAAGCGGGGGGUGGGGGGCGGGGGUCUAUGCAUAAAUACUUGUCAGAUUAUGAAGCUGAAAGAAAUGUUCAAAAUUUGAGCAAUAUCGCAUGUCAUUUUACAAAGCCCUAAACAUCUUUUUUUUGCUGUACAGUAAGUGCUGUGGCAUAAGCCACACAAUAUUAGCAGCUUCCUUUGAAAUGUGGGUGAGAGAGAACCUGUAUGCUCAUUGGCUGCUUGGGGUUUAUUCAUUCUAGUCAUAGUGUGCACUUUUUAAACCAGCCUAUAUGUAAUUGACUAAACCUGUUGUCAUUCAGCUGGCUCUUCAAAUGCAGCAGAUGUUUGCUGCUUCUUGAACUGCACCACCCAUCUUUUUGUGCACUCAUGACAAUGGGCUGUUUGUUAGAAAUAAAUUGUCAUAGUUUUCAGCUGUUAUAAGCAAGUCCGUGCAAAGCUAUCAUUUCUUCUCAAAGCUGUUUAAACUGACUCCAGCAUCUGCUUUGGGUGGAGAUAAGCCAGUGUUGCAGUAAGCUUUUGUCCUACUUUGUUUUUCUCCUCCUUUCCCCCUUCUCCCUUCCUUCAGCUUUUGUGUAGUGCUGACCAGUUGCUUGACCAAAAUUGAGCCAAUAAUGUAAAUACUGUUGUUUUUUUUCUUCAAAGGAGGAUGUCAAAGCUGCUGUCAUAUUGUGUUCUCCUCCUCAGCAUAGCAGAACGCUUACAUUCAUUAGCCCUGGACAUAUCCUGAUAAAUCAGAUUGUUACUGAAAAGUGCAUUGUCCAAACUCUUGACACCUGCUGUUGAACAUUUGAAGAUAUUGUAAUUGAUUUCUGUGUUGAUGCACAUGUUUGUUCAUGUUACUUGUACAAUAAAUUGUCAUGUGUUAAUUGGA